UCAGAAUGCUUUGAAAAAUAUUUAAGUUUGAUUAUAUUCGUGGGGAGGGGACUUUUCUGUAAAUGGGAUCUCGUACGACAUUAUCCACUAUCAGUCUUGCACUGGACGCGUUUCUUCCAAAUUUCUUUUUUUUGUUCAUCUUUAUCUUGACACUUAACAUUUCUUGCAUAUUAAAGAAAAGAAAAUGCGAAUUGCAAUAAUUGGGGCAGGUUCGGCAGGACUUGCGGCGCUUAAAAAUUGCAGUGAAUUAAAAAAUGAAGACGGUUCAUCAUAUACAAUAAAAUGUUUCGAAAAAAGUGAUAAAAUCGGAGGCACUUGGGUUUAUACUCCACAAACAGGUGUAGAUCGUUUUGGAUUGCCAAUACAUUCAAGCAUGUACAAAAAUCUCAGAACAAAUCUUCCAAAGGAGGUAAUGGGAUAUCCGGACUACCCGAUUCCGGAAAUUGGAAAAAGUUACAUGACACGUUCGGAAAUUGUCGAUUUUCUGAAUUCUUAUUGUGAUAAUUUUCAACUGAGGGAAUUUAUUUCUUUUCUUCAUAAUGUGGAAUUAGUGGAACCAAUUAAUGAAGAGAAGAAUGGCAAUAAUCAGAAAUGGAGAGUUAGAGUGAAAAAUCUAUCAAAUCAGGUGGUAAUUGAGGAGAUAUUUGACGCUGUGAUGGUUUGCAAUGGACAUUAUUUUCAACCGAGUAUUCCAAAAAUCAAAGGCAAUGAUUCAUUUUUUGGAGAGAAAAUGCACAGUCACGAUUAUCGAGUUCCUGACGUAUUUAAAGAAAAAUCUGUCGUUAUUUUGGGCGCUGGGCCAUCAGGAAUGGAUUUAGCUUUAGAAAUAUCUUCAGUUGCAAAAAAAGUGAUACUCAGUCAUCAUUUGAAAGAUCCCGUUCUUACGAAAUUCCCAAAUAACGUCAUUCAGAAACCUGAUGUUUUGGAAUUUGGAAGGGACAAAGCGAUUUUCAAUGACAAUUCCGAGGAAAAAAUCGACUUUAUAUUCUAUUGCACUGGUUACAAAUUUAGCUUUCCUUUUCUGGCAAAAUCUUGCGGUGUUAAAGUUGAAUCGAAUAUGGUCACACCAUUAUGGAAACAUUUAAUUGCAGUAGAGAAUCCAAGUCUUGCAUUUAUUGGACUUCCAUUCUAUGUCUGUGCUUUCAGCAUGUUUGAUUUACAAGUGCGCUUCACUUUGAAAUAUUGGAGAAAAGAGAAACAAUUACCGUCGAAGGCUGAAAUGCUCGCUGAGGAAAAUCGUGAGAGAGAAGAAAAAAUAAGUCGUGGAUUCAAAACUAAACAGUUUCACCAGAUGGGACCAAAGCAGGGAGAAUAUUAUCAAGAUUUGUCAGAGACUGCAGAAAUAAAACCCUUGCCUUCUGUUUUAACGAAACUUCAUAAUGACAGCAGUAAACGAUUUUUGGACGAUUUGGUGAAUUAUCGACGGGAUAGAUACAAAAUUUUGGAUGAUGAUAAUUUCGUACAACUGGAAAGUUUACCAGCAUAAUAUUUAUUAAUCAAGUCAAAAAGGAAUUUUUUCUAUCAAACAAACUUUUUUUUAAAACUUUUUACAAUCUUUGAUUUGUAUAUUUA